AUGUCGCAAGAUGCGACCAGGAUCUUUGCGAACACGCCCGGCGAACGAACCCGCUCUGCUGAACAUGAUUAUCCAAAGCCGCCCACUUCAUCGCUUGCCGCUCUGCCUCAGAGCCCUUGGACUCGCACAACAUCACCCUGGAUAGUUCGAUAUAGCCAGAUACAAGGGGUCACUGGGUACUGCUGGGACGCACCUUCGCCUCUUUGUAAUACCUUCAAAUGCACCUGCACCCCUUGUCCUGACGGCAUCCAGGUGCUAUAUGAAGCUAUAGAACCAAAAGUGUAUCAGUAUGUCAGUGUGUCAGCGUGCUCAAAGGAGGGAACAAGAGAACAAUCCAGAGUGAGGAACAUGGAGGAGCUCACUGAGGGAGCAAGUCGGCACAAAAAAAAGUCUAAGUCGAGCCCGA